CGCCAUCGUUCACUUCCUUUCCAGGGCGUUUGUAACAUAAUUAUUGAGGUAAAUUUAUCCUUUAAUUCUUCAACCUAUCUAUAGACCUAUAGAGAGAUUAAUACUCUCUCUAACACUUUAUUCGUCCUCCAUAGUAUUUAGUCGCCUGUAAAUUACUAAUUCGCUUCAUAUCAGUGAGUCUCGGUGUUUUUAGCCCGCUCAGCUAGUUAUCUUAGCUUUAGCUCGGUUAGCUAAGUAGGGCAAUUACCCCCCAGUUACCCCGUCAAAGUUUGGUCACAACACGGACAAGUUUGGCGUACGGUGACAAUAAAUGACCGAGUCAAGCGAGGAGAACUUUAGACACGUAAAGAUCCGAUUAUGAUGUCAACCAAGAUGAAGGUUCACGUCAGGAAAAAGAGUUCGUCCAACCCCGUGUCCAAAACGAUAUCCAAGGGCGCGUCCCCGGACUCCAAGUGUCCGAUCUGCCUGGACCAGUUCAAAAACAUCUCGUACGUGGACAAAUGUCUGCACCGCUUUUGUUUCCGCUGCAUCCAGGAGUGGUCCAGGAACAAGGCCGAGUGCCCCUUGUGCAAGCAGGCGUUCAGCUCCAUCUACCACACCAUCAAGGCCGAGGACGACUUUAAGCAGUUCGACCUGCGCCCCACCGACAACGGUUCCUUCGGUAGCCUGGCGGGUCAGAGGUUCCGCUACCGCACCACGCUGACGGGCGGCAGGUGGGCUUCCGCCAGGCGCACGUCCCCUCCUCCCGACCACGGCGUGAUGUUCGAGGGUCUGGCGGGAACGACCGGCUCCGGGAACGAUGGGGGCUUUCGGCGUAUGGUGGCAAGGCUGGCGGCAUGGCAACGGGCACAGGCGGAGGGCAGGCCGCUGCGCACUCCCCAAGAGCAGGAGGUGAUCCACUUCCGCAGGACCCUGUACCGCCGGGGCCUGUGGGUGCGGGGCGUGCGGGACGGAGGGCGAUCCCGGGACACGUCGGCAGAGUUCUUCCGGAGGAACCCAGCAUGCCUCCACCGGCUGGUGCCAUGGCUGAAGCGCGAGCUGACGGUCCUGUACGGGACCCACGGAUCCCUGGUCAACAUCGUCCAGCACAUUGUCAUGUCCCAGAUCUCCCGCUACGACAUGCAGGGCGCGGCCGUGUUGCAGGAGCUCCGUCCCUUCCUGCUCUCACGCACCGAGCACUUCCUGCACGAGUUCCUCAGCUUCGCACGCUCGCCCUUCAACAUGGAGGCGUACGACCAGCACGUCGUGUACGAUUGCCCCGCCCCCUCCGCCAAUGCCGAGGAGAGCAGCGGCUCGGACUUGUCCGUGAUCGCGCUCUCCGAGGACGAAGGAGCUACCGCUACGCUUAGCCGCACUGCCUGGGACGACGAGACACCGGGACCGUCCUACUCCAGUGAGACGCCCCACGCCUUCCCCCUGCCCGUCAGCAAUUCAGACACCGACAGCAGUACAGAGGAGGCAGGGCAGAUUGCACCUCCACCUGCUCAGAAUGACGGCAGCAGUAGUAACGAUGAGGACUGUGUUAUUGUAGGCUAUGUUAAGCCCACCGCAGAAAGGACCCCUGAGCUGGUGCAGCUGACGUCGGACUCUGAGGAGCACGAGGAGAACAGUCACCAACGUAUCCACUUCACCUCAGAGUCCAGCUGCUCCGCCUCCGACCGCUCGGAGCAUGGCUGCCCCGCCUCUGGCUCCGCCGCAGCCGUACGGGGGUCCGCUCUCAGACGCAGGGUCUCUCCAUGGACGCCCAGCAGAGCCAGGUCAUCGCCUGCAGAGCAGCACCACACGCCAUCUUCUAAAAUCCAUCGGCACAAGGUUGAGAACGACCACAGGCGUCACUCAGAGAAAACUCAGAAGGGCAGGUCGAGAAACAGAGACCGAGAGCAUUCCUCACACCACCACAGGAGGCGCUCUCGCUCACGGAGUCCUCGUUUUAGAGAACGGAGUCGUGCCAAAGAGGCAGGUGGCGAGUCUUUGUCUUACAGCUAUCGUGAGAGGGACAGAAACGACAGGUGUCACACCAGCAGACGACACGCGAGUCCGGGACGCUGCUCGCGUGCCCCCUCCUGGUCCCGCUCACUUGGACUCUCCCGAUCUUGGUCGCGUGCACGCUCCCGCUCUCGGUCUCGUGUACGUUCCCGGUCUCGCUUGUAUGCACGCUCCCGGUCUCGUUCACGUGCGCACGCGUGCAGUAAGAGCUGGAGCACAGGAGCCGACGGGUGGGAGCUCGGGCGCUCGGAGAACCGCCGCAGAAACGCCUCCCCUUCCUCCCGCGGGAGGUUACGGCACAAGUCCGGCGGAAAGCGCAAAUGCAAAGCACUGCACACGGAUCAGGCGUCUGGAGGCGAGGCCUCGGUAGGCUCUGCCCAGCGGGGAAGGGAAAGCAGAGAGGAGCGACACAAGAAGUUGAGGAGGAGGAGGAGGAGUGCCAGCGUGGAGAUUGUUUAUGAGGGCGGGGCCACUGAGCAGCACAGCAGACGUCACAGGAAGAAGAAGAAACGCAAGAAGAGCAAAAGGAGGAAGGAGAGGACGGGGAGGAUGACGAGUGGCUCCUCAACCACCAUCACCAUCCCCAGCGACAGCGGCACUGACCAGGAGGGGGAUGGUCCGAACCUCAGCCUCUCCUGCGCCUCAGACUCCACCCACCUCCCCCCACACAGCCCAGUAGUUGUAGCUGCGGAUGCAGCACAGCUGACCAGUGCCACCAACAGCACUACGUCUCCCCUGCCACUAGGAGGCGCACUGCAGCCAGUCGAGCAGCAAGCGGAUGAGCCGAAACACGAUCUACGAGACUCUGUCAUAGCAGCAGAAUGGAUGUUUUAAUGCCCAGGAAGUCACAAUUAUCUCUUGUUGUGCCAAAUUGUUUAUUUUCUUACACUUUUUGUGGGGU